ACGUUUAUGUAUAUAAUUAUCAUGCAUGGUCUUUAUCACAGUGUUUUGAAGAAUUACUGUCUUUCUAUGCUGUUUGUUUUUAUAGACAAACACCAAUCUGAAAAUGCUCUGUGCGUGUUUAGUGAAGAAUGUGUGGGAAAGGUACAGAGAUUGUGGUCUGUCGCAUAUAAUACUAGACAAUCAAUUCUAACCGGGUCUAUAGUUGUAGAAGUGUUAGAAUUCGUGAGUGAACAUGUUCACACGUUUUGUGAUUUUUUGUCCGCAAAUUGCUCAGACAAAGAGACUAUACGUCUUACGAAGCAAAUAAUACGUUUGAGAAUGCAAGAGGUACACGCAUGCAAACAUCACUUGCGCAUCAUGACACAAUUUGUUAAUCUCUGCGAAACUUACAAAGUUGACACUUCUGGUAUUAAGAUUAUCUUGCAAAAGAGGAUUGAAGAACUCAAGUUGGCGGACAUUUGCGACCCGCAAAUUGCAACAAUUGUUCGUGAUGGAGACGAUUAUGAGCCCGAUAUUUUGGUGUUCAAAUCAUUUCAAACUAUAGUGGAUGUAUUAAAGACGUUCGAAGCUUGUUGCCACAGUCGUGUGUUUCAGCGAUUGUGGUAUGACUUUCGAAAAGAUGUCAAGCAAGACAAAUUGACAGUUGAUGACGUGGUGCAAACAUUGUGGUCUCCUAUACAUGCAAGAUACCAAGUAUUUACUGAAGAACUUAUGACCGGGGAAAUGAUGUUUAGUGACUUCGAACACAUUUUGGGUGUGUUCAAAAGCGACUCGGCCGAAUUGUUUCAAGAAAUAAGUAUUUGUGGUAUUUCCGAUGAUGUUGCUAGGAAAAGGAUAGUGCAAUUUAACGAAAUCAAACAAAUUCUCUGUUAUGCAGAAGGAGCGUCCACUAUUUUGGAUUUGCAAAACGUUUGCGAACUGCGAGGAAACUUUACUCCAAUAAGCAAUAUUGUUGCUCAAACGAAAACAACUUUCAAACUCAAUGACGUCGAUGAAAAUCUCAAAAGGACCAAUGCGAUUCUGAAAGACAUGUCAACGGAAAAAUCCAAUUGUCUCAAGUCAUUCACAGAAUGCAGAGAACUUGUUGCCUGGUUAAAGUCAUCGGGUCAAAAGGAAUUAAAUGUUUUCGUUGAACUUGCAAUUAUGUCUGCUGGAGAUGACCACAUGAAUAUCGGAAAGUUGCGAUGUCUACAUUCGGCAGUAAUUGGAUACUCGCCACUAAUAUUUGAACUUAAUCCUGAAUGCGAUUACGAAGAAUUACUAGAAAAGUGUGGACAUAUUUGGAAUGCGUUGAAUGUGAACCCAAGAUUACCGGAGCAAUUAAUUGAUUCAAAUCGCGAACUCCCAUGGCUUCUGGAAAUUAAAAAAGCUCAUGGCUCAGUUGAAAAAUCGGCACUUAUGCAAGCAGAAGCGAUUAAUAGUUAUGGCAUUUUUAUUGUUGGACUGAAAGACACAGAAAACAAAACACAUGAGAAAGUGACGAGUGAAGAUAUUACGGAGUUACAUUUAACUGAAAAUAAAAAGCAGUACACAUAUACACAACUACAAGAUUUACAUAGCCGCCUUAUGCUAGUUGCAGGACCAGAGGGGCAAAGUCAAGAAAACAUUGGUGUCGGUGUUGAAAGAUUUACCUCGAUCUUCGACAGCGUUACGCGUCUUGGAAUUGGAAUUCUGAAUCUUAUGGAAGCAGGGUGCAUUUUGUUUAAUGGUUGGAAGGGACACUUUUGGUGUGACCCAGAAAGACCUAUUUGCGUUGAUAUAUCAUUUUGGAAUGAUGCUGAAAUGCCGACACUAAAGGCGCAUUCAUCAGAUUCACGUGUAGAAGAAAUUAUACCAGAAAUUGCACAGUUUUUGGAAAACUGCUUAAAAGAUUGGUUAUUAUACAUACGGUCCAUGCGAACUAAGCAUUACAAUUUAAACCAUUUUACAACUAAUCAAUUAGUUUUUCUUCAACGGGAGCUUGUACAAACUUCUCCAUCACACCUUGUUUAUCCACUCUUAUCUGCUGUCAAGAAAGGAUGCACACCAGAGGAUUUGAGAUUUGCCAUGAUUUCUGCAAGAACAGACAUUGAAAGACAGCCAUCGAUAUUAAAAGAUACUGGUCACCAACUUGGUUACACGGACGAAACCAUGCAGAAUGCUCAGGUGAUUGAUAUGCGUGCCAAAAAAGAAGAAUUUGUACAAAAAGUAGUUUUAGCAGGAUUUGAACCAUAUUUGGCUCAGCUGUCGCUGGAUAAUGUUGACGAGGAAGAUAUUAUUGCAGGACACAUUGCACCAGCAAUAUUAUGGUGUAUGGACAACGAUGGAAUGUCAGAAAACAUGGGCGCAUCUAACUUACUGGUUGAAACAGAUGCAAAUUCGACAUUGAAAUCAUUCAUUGAAACAAAUUUGAGAAGUCAACGUGACACCAAUGGUCAGGGCGAAGUACCUCUUAUAACAGACAUACGCAGUAUUUGGAAAAACUUCCUUGAUUCGGUGAAAUCCAGUAUCAGUGAUUUUCUAAGUUUAGGACAUUUGGGCAUAGUCCUGCGUCAUCUUGCCGCAAAGGGACACGAUGAAAUAAUGCAAAGGAAAGUUGCUGAUAUCUUCAAAAUGGGUGAACCAAAUCUUAUAGUCUGCUCUCAAGGGGAAGUUCUGAACGUGACACUCUCUAUUUACAUGUACGACAAAGUGCAGUCUCUGCCUUCUUCCGAUGAAGUACUUCUGUGUGACGCAAAUACUACAAGCGAUGAGGUGGAUAUAUUUUGGCGUCGGGCAAUGGGUAGUGACGGAAACAAAAUAUAUUGCCUUAUGAAUGCAGAUUUAUUAAGCGGCGUAGUAGGCGAAGCUGCUGAUAGGUCUUUGCACGACGUGGUGUUAGAAACCUCUCAAACGAUAGAUAACCUGAAAUAUCGUCUGGUCAUCGUCUGCAGUUCAGAGAACGAAUAUCGCUGCCCGAUUGUGUCUUCUCUUGACAAGUACAUUCGACAAGUGCAUACGAUUGAUCAAAAUGCAGUGAAGGCAUAUAUAAAAGACAAGUUGGUCGUGCAAAAGAAUCCAGCCGCGUCAUCUGUAGACUUUGAAAGAUCUUCGGUGCGAAUUGUAAAAUCAAAUCGAGCUGGCGUUGGAAAGUCCCUGUUUGUAACAAGACGAGCAGAACACUUGCAGUCUUUGUUUUCUGUCAACAAAACGAUUCAAGCGCAAUUAAUAUCCAUACCAUUACAUGAAAAAUACAUCGACCUUGGCGAAGUAAUUCAAGCAUUAAUUGCACGCACACCGGAACCAGGGAUGAACACGGCGCGACUGUUUCAUGUGAACAUUGCACACGAGGUGCAAGAGGGCAUUGAUUUCCUUUUAUUCAACCUUAUUAUUCUUGGAUGUUUGGUGGACCGGAGUGGACUCGUAUGGAGAAGAAACACAGACGAUCUGUAUCUGAUAGAAACUAUGCCAAUAUUUGAAAGCCAGUCUACAAACAACAGAGAUAAAAUACAUUAUGCACAUCCAAUAUUUGGAAUACUUCCUGAAGUAACGUGUAGAUCGCCGAAGGAGUGCAAAAGCAUAUAUGCAAACGAAAGGCCAAUUGAUUACAGUCCAACAGACCAGCUCUUUGAUGACCAGCAAUUUAAAAGUCUGCAAUUUCAACGCACCUUCCAGUAUUUACAACGUUUAAAAUUGGGGAAAUCAAUGUCUGACGUUAACCCGGCGAGAGUAGAAGGAAAUAAACAAAACGCUCUAAGCAUUCUUUUGGAAUGCUGUGGUGCGAAAGACCCAUCAUGGUCCGAAUUAACUCACUUCGUUCGAUUUCUCAACAAACAGCUUUCGGAUUAUGAGCAGAAUGUGUUUGUCGGUCCGUUAGUUGCAGGAGACCUGCCUGGUUUCGCAAACUUUGUUCUGAGGUUUCUUUUGCAGAUGUCAAAGGAUUUUGCAACCCAGUCGUUUAACAUGAGCGAUGAAUCUCAAGGGUCAGUAACUGCUUCACCAAAAACAACAGGAACGGCCGAUAACCUCAUAAAUCAAUUUUCUCUGAGACGGACCUGGGAGAGCAGUCCUCAUCCCUAUUUAUUUUUUAACUACGAUCACGAAACAUUUACGUUCUUGGGAUUUAUAAUUGAGAGAGGAUCGGGCAACAUGAUUGAUAAAAAGAGUAAUGCUGUGUUAGAUCGAGCUAUAAUGACAACAACGCUGUAUGAUGCCUUGGUUCGAAACAAGGUGCCCCUACAGGAGAAUUUUGAUAACCUGGACAGAAAAAGAAAGAUUGAGAAAUUAUGCCAGGUGAUGGGGGUUAAGGUCCAACAUGAUCCAGACAAGACCUAUGAAUUGACCACAGACAAUGUCAAAAAGAUUUUGGCAAUAUAUAUGAGAUUUAGAUGCGACAUUCCUGUUAUAAUCAUGGGCGAAACUGGGUGUGGUAAAACGCGGUUAGUGAAGUUCAUGUGUGCACUGCAGUGUCCUCCAUACGUGGAUAUUACGAAUAUGAUCUUAAUGAAGGUUCAUGGAGGCACAAACAAAGAUGAUAUCACAAGGAAGGUUCAUGCUGCAGAAAAAAUUGCGAAGGAAAAUUCUGACAAAUAUGGAAGCAGUAUAUACACUGUGCUUUUCUUUGAUGAGGCCAACACAACCGAAGCGAUUGGGGUGAUAAAAGAGAUACUGUGUGACGGAACUAUUUGCGGUGAACCCCUGACAUUCUGUAAAGAAUUGAAAAUUAUCGCAGCUUGUAAUCCAUAUAGAAAGCAUACUAAUGAACUGAUUAAAAAGCUGGAACAAGCUGGUCUGGGAUAUCAUGUUGAUGCUAACGAAACAUCUGAUAGAUUUGGUCAGGUUCCUAUGAGACGCUUGGUUUACAGAGUUCAGCCACUCCCACAAAGCAUCCUUCCUCUUGUUUGGGACUUCGGACAAUUAAACACCAAUGAUGAAAAAUUAUACAUUCAACAGAUGGUUAGGCGUUACGUGGAAGGAGGUAAACUGCCGAAUAUAAAGGACUUAAAUGAAGUUAUCAGCGAAAUUCUUACAGUGUCACAACAAUUUAUGAGAAAUCAAAAGGACGAAUGCAGUUUUGUGUCUCUGAGGGAUGUAGAGCGUGUUCUUACUAUUCUAGUGUGGUUCGACAGACAGUUUGAUAACACUUAUCUUUUUAAAGAAAUGAACAAGAAGCUGUUAAACAGUGAACAAAGAAAUGGAUCCACGAAUGGAAACAAAAAUAAGCCAUUGGAUGAUCUGACAAGAUGUCUGGUUCUUUCCAUCGGCGUUUGCUACCAUGCGUGUUUAAGAAGCCGUGCAAAUUACAGGGAAACUGUUGCAAGGGCAUUUAGAGCACCAUGCCCGCUACCAGGAGGAGCAGACCAAAUAUUGGAAGAAAUAGAAUGUUGCCAAGAUGUAUUUCUUGAUAAUGUAACUCUGGAAAAAAAUAUUGCAAGGAACACAGCUUUGAAAGAAAAUGUUUUUAUGAUGGUAGUUUGCAUUGAAUUGCGGAUUCCACUUUUUCUUGUUGGAAAGCCGGGCAGUUCAAAAUCACUUACGAAAACGAUUGUCGCUGAUGCCAUGCAAGGAAAAUGUGCAAAGUUUCCAUUGUUUAGACAACUGAAGCAGGUCCACAUGAUACCAUACCAAUGUAGUCCAUUGUCAACUCCCCAGGGAAUUGUUGAUACCUUCAAGGAAUGUGCCCAGUUUCAGAAAGAAAAAGAUUUGAAUUCAUUUGUGUCCGUCGUUGUUCUGGAUGAGGUUGGACUAGCGGAAGAUAGUCGACGUAUGCCACUCAAAACAUUACACCCACUGUUAGAAGACGGCUGCCAAGGAGAUGAAAACCCAGAAGCAUAUAAGAAGGUAGCAUUUGUUGGAUUAUCGAAUUGGGCACUCGAUCCUGCGAAAAUGAACAGAGGUAUUCUUGUACAGAGAGAGGUUCCUGAUACCGAAGAACUAAAACAAAGCGCCAGAGGUAUAUGCCAAACAAAUGAAGCGAUACAGCCAUUUAUGGAGCCGUUAAUUGAACCACUUACUUUGGCCUAUCUUGAAGUGUUUCGUGAAGCAUCAGAACAGAUGCGCGAGUUCUUUGGUUUGCGGGAUUUCUACAGAGAAAGUCGCUAUUUGCUGUUAUUGACCGACAACUAUGGCGCGUUAUCCAUCAUUCAGAAACAACUUUUUAAAAAGAGAAGUGAAGUUAAGCCAAUAACGAUCUUUGGAAGCAGUUUUCGCAGUGACCAAGAAUACACACAGGUUUGUCGAAACAUAAACAAGAUAAAAUCAUGCAUGGAGACGGGAAAAACGGUUAUUCUGUUAAACUUGGAGAAUGUAUACGAAAGUCUUUAUGACGCUCUUAAUCAGUACUACGUAUACUACGGAGGAGAAAGAUAUGUGGACCUUGGUCUAGGAACUCACAGGUUGAAGUGUACUGUUCACAAGAAUUUCAGGUUAAUUGUUGUUGCUGAGAAAGAUACAGUGUAUACGAAGUUUCCUAUUCCACUGAUAAAUCGUCUUGAAAAGCAUUUUCUAACAAUGAAAAGCAUCCUGGAUGAAAGGCAGUCAAAACUGGCAAAUGCUUUGGACGAAUGGGCACGCUCAUUUGCAAUCGUUGAGAAUAUACAACGGCAAACAAGAACACAACGGACAGUCCGGGAUGUAUUUGUUGGUUUCCAAGAAGAUACGUGUUCUGCAAUAAUAAUGCAAGUGUUUGAAAAUGACACUGAGCAACAUAUUACGGAUGAAAAUGCAUUGGAAGAAGGAAAGGCCUGUUUGUUGUGGUGUGCAACCCCAGAGUUACUGCUGUGUGACAACAAACUGGACAGAACAGAGAGAGAAAAGAUAACAAACUGUUACUAUGAACGACAGGCACACUGCAGCUUUAUACAGUAUCUAAAACAUAAACUUGAAAAGGAGGAGUGCGUUCAGCUAUUUGCACAGGUUACAUGCCAUUCAAAGUUGUUGCCUGCAAAUCAUGAUAAGGAGAUCCUUAAAGAAGUUCAGAGUCUGAAACGAGUUGAAAUUGUUUCAUUGUCAUCUUUUGAUACCGAACAACUGUUCAGUACUCGAGUAGAGAAACAUCUGGCAUCAAACAAUGGGAACGGAAGCUUGUUAAUAAUUCAGUGUGAAUCCGGCGACGUUAAUUCAAAACUGAUUGCAUGUGCGAGGUAUUGUGUUAUGGAUGAGAUUGUUAAAACAUGGAAUCAACAACAAACUCCUGUCUGUAUUGUUUUCAUUAUUCAACUGCCGAGAAAAGCUGGAGGCUGCUUCUCUGAUUUUCAGUGUGGGGUAUGGCACUCGGCACACAUUGACGAUUUGUACGCAGAAUAUUCUACUUUGCCUCAGUUUAACAACCUUCAAGGCAUGUCAGUUAGUGAAAUAUUUUCCAGUUGCCUCUACGCUGAUGACAAAAGAUACACACUUGCAUCUUUGGAUACUUCUUCGAAUAUUCAACCUAAUCCGAAAAGUCAUGUUGAUAGCAACCUGGAAUUAUUCAGAUUACAACGUGUAAGCAUAAAAAACAUCCUAAGAACUUGUAUACAGCCUGCGCUAUCGAUGGUAAAGGACAGUUGCCGAGGGGAACAAAGAGCAACUAAAAGGAUUGAAAUAGUUCUGCAGUCAUUUGGCAAAGACAUCGAAAGCAUAGAAAAAAGCAAAUUUACAACGGGAAUAAUAUCUUGGAUUGUAAAACUGUUCCGAGAAAAAGAAAAGGAGUCAGACUUACAUAAAUAUUGGUUAGCGAAACAAGCGGCUGGAAUUGAAACUAUCAACAAAAAUGGAACAUUUCGGAGAUCGUUUUGUAGCACUAUAGUUGCUAAGGUGACGCCGGUUUUAGCUGGUAUUUUCACAUUCCUUGACAAAAACAGCAACAUGGACAUGGCUAUUUGUGAUGCAAAGUGGAAGCGAAAUUUCUGGCUGAAAUGCAUCGGCCAAAAUGACACACUUCCUCUUACGUAUAAUGACUGUCUGCCAUCGUCAAAUUCAUCGGGGACGCUAGAGGAAAUGCUUGUUGUUGGUACAGGGUGUGCAGAUCAUGAGUUCAAACUUCGAUUUCCGUUCUCGUGGAUCAUUAUUACUGUAUUAGAAGAGGCGUAUAGUGAUUUUGCGACUGAUGCAGAUGAAGACGACGAAACGAUAGAAAAAUGUGUGUCAAUGCUGACUGCAUUACCUAUUGGACAGUGUGUUACUGAGAUAGAUGCCACGGAAGAUUCAUCGUUGUUGACGAGCGUUUUGCAGGAUUACAUUCACGACUUUGUAAAAACAGUAUACCGAGCCGAAAGCAUCGAAGAACUGAAAAUUGUCUGUGACACCGUCAUGUUGAAAACGAUCAAUAUUUGUAUUGAGACUGGAAACCAUCUGGAAAUAUUGCAUCGCAUAGUGUGUUCCCGUUUGGCAUGGAAUGAAGUAUCAUUGACUAUGAAAUUCUUUAGAAGCAUCAAUCAAGUCUGGCCGGAAUGCAUUAUUAGAAUUAACGAGUUUACAGAAUCGAAGAAAUAUGAGGUUUUGUUUGAAGAACACAGAUUCAUUUCUUCCACGCUUUGUCUUCUGAUUGAAAACUUGAACCCUAAAUCUCAAGAACUGGAUAACGAGGAUUCGCGACAAAAAUGGCUAAACAAAGUUUAUCGUUAUCGCCCUGUGGUGGAAACAAUUCUGAAUGAUUCUCGACACGGGGUUCAUCAUGCGUCUCAACGACUCGCUAAAUCCCUGUGGAGCCGAGUUACAAUCAUGAAAUUGUUUAUUGAAAAUAUUUGUACGACUACAUCGGAGAGGAGCAUAACAAUAAAAUAUUGCACGCCCUUGUGGACGUUACUUGGGGACGACGUCGAUCUUGGUUCACAUAAAUCGCUAAUAGCAGUUGAAAAAUUUCUUAAAGCAUGCAACAAAGCUGCACAUAGACAACUAAUAGGCCCCGCUGCAAAAUGUGGACAAUGUGGACGGUUUCUUACCUGCACUCCGGUUACCAUGCCCUGCAGAUCAAGCGACCUGCUGUGCCAGAGCUGUUUUACAGAAAUGAAAACGUUGAAUGCACUCAACUGUCCAAUAUGCAAAGAGACAAUAGAAAAAGAUUGGGAACCUAAUAUUAAAGCGAUCGAAGAAAGUAAAAGGAUUGGGAUUGAGAAGUUUGAGCAGUACCAGAAAAGGUGCAACACAUUUUUCUUGGAGAUUAUAUCACAGUUGUGUUUCGCCAAUGGAGUUGCUCCGUCAGAGGACGUUUUAAAUACAUUGCUCGGCUAUGUAACAUACACAUCAGAGUCGGGCAUGUUUUUUACGAAAAAUCUUAAUAUUUUUGAUACAGGUUUGGAUGCGAAUCCGGUAUUUCGAUCGUUCUUAUUGCAACUUAUAUUAAGAUCAAGCGAGGAAAGAUACGUAACACAUUAUCUUGGUCAAUUCUCUGGACACGCGAAGCUGCAUGACACAACUGCUAGCAAAGACGUGAUCGAUAUGUACAUGCUAAUUUUGCAGUGCUGGGAGGAUCGGCAGUUUCAAGUUAUUGGAGAAAGCGAAAGUUCAAGGCUUGGUGUGUUAUGCAAUUUGCUUCACAAGUCUCAAACAAUUUUCAACAGCGAGGGAUCCAAAUCUACUGAUACAUUAUAUGCUAUAGCAGCGUCGCGAGCGUGUUUGGCUAGUACAGCUAUGUAUUUAGCACAAAUUGCUGAAUCAAAUCUGAUUAUCCAUGAAGGAGUUGAACGAGUAAUUUUGACUGCGCAGACAUUUUGCAGCAAUAUAGAUUCGCAAUGUCCCAAAAAGUACUUGGUGAAACUGUUAUGUCGACAAUAUGGUGUAGACGUGUAUCACCGUCUAUCAAGAUCCGAUGUGAGCGCACUAAAAUGGAUUGCACUGGCUGGGGCAACAGAUCAGACUGAAGUGCCGGACAAAUACUUAGUAGUUGGGCAAACAUACAAAAACCUACGAGAAGCUGUAGCCAAACGUAUAAUUGACGGUGAUACUGAUGCGUUUAAAAGUCUACUAGAAACAACUAGUAAUGAGCUUCUAGAAAUUCAUCUACAACUUGCUGUACACAGAGAAAUCACCUGCGCCAAUGUUCGAAAAUCAGGUCAAAUUUCAACAAAGGGUAUCGAACGACUAACAAAAUUUUUGAUGGGUUCCGACAUGAUAACUAACAAGGAUUUUUUGAAGAUGUUGCUCACAAAUCAGUUGCAACCGACCUUUCUGAACAUGACGCCAGGAACAGACAUCCAUCAACAAGGUUUACAAUGCCUCUUGGUGCAUUUUAAGAUUGUGAUGGCCUUGUUUGAUGGAAAAUCGACGAUUCUGGAUCCAUUGAAAGCUGUUGUCACGGGGCACGAAAAUAUUAUGAAUGUGUUUCUGCCUACCAUGCCACACGAAGUAGAAGAGUUGUGUGAACUAGUUAAACAAAAUAAUAGAACUCGUAUAUAUUGUUGUCCGAACGGUCACCCUUACACCAUUGGUGACUGUGGCAGGCCCGAUUAUAUAGGCACGUGUAACCUAUGCAAAGAGAAAAUUGGCGGGACAAGUCAUAAUUUGCUACCCGGCAACACAGAGUAUAAAGAUGAAAACACCACCCGAAAAGGUCAUAUAAUUGGCCGAUCUGUUAGAAACGGCGUAAUUCAACCUGUGCGAGAGUUGAAUCCUAUCCACAGCAUUGCAGUCAGACUUCUUCUUCACAUGGCCAUGUUCCUUGGUCCAGUUGAUCGGAUUUACAAGUUAAUCAAGCCUGCCGUGAAAGAGCGAGAAGUAUCUGCUUUUUUGUUAGACCACAUACAAUCGAAUAUAGAAGAUCUACGUCGAGCAUUAGGUCGUAGUGCAGAUGAUGUCCUUUCGCUGAUGCACGCUGUUAUAGACAUUAUGAUGAAAGAAUCAGGUACUACAGUUAACUCCAAUGAUACUUUGUUGAGUACAACAGCUAUUCGAAGAACGUGGGAAAAGUCGUUUUCAGAUAAAGUGCUGGCCAAAGUUCUUUUGGACGUGAACGGUUGUCUUGUUCAAAUUAAUAAUGAUAUCGCAAAUGAUAAGCGUUUAGGUACUGAGCCACUGAUGUGCCUAAUGUACGAAACUGAAACAUGUUCAGAAGCAGAAAGUCAAAAUCGAUUGUUAGAUAUGCCACGAAUGUGGAGAUUCCGUUGUCCCAUUACAAUUGAACAUGUGCGCCAGGAGCUCGAUUCGAAUAUUCACAAGAUGAAACGACCUACUCGUGUUCUUCAACGUUUCUUACACGAGGAGAACUCACUACAAGCACUGCGGUUCCUACCAAAUAUUAUGCGUUUCCAACGAGCACUGUUAAGGAAAUUUCAAAAGAAGCUUGUUAAAGCAGAAGCAAAAAGAAUUAAAGUCGAAGACGUAGUAAAAGAAAUUUCAAGUUCACAAAAUACUGAGAAGUGGAUAGAUGAUUUUGCAAAAGCUUGGGAAAUAACAAAACCGUCAAUUAAAGGAAUUCCUACUAAAUUUGGACGAGCGAUGUUUCCGACUGAAUGGUGUAGUUUGAGAAUUGAUCAAACAACCCCUAUUGCAGUGUUUCUACCAUCUACAGACGGGAUGGGAUUGUGUUCAUACGCAAUGCUUGACUUUCUCUUUGAAAAACAAAAUGAUCUAUUGGAUUUUUACGUUAAGACAUCCGGGAGGCAGAAUCAACCCGCUUCUGUAAAUCCCAUGGAUGUAACGAAAUCACAUCUGAUAAGUUUUGACCUUCAACAUGAUAUAAUGCCAAUUAUAUUGGCAAACUGUCAGUACUCUGUUGAGACCGGUGUCGGAACAAAGAUAGAAUAUGACUUUGAAGGAAUGGAGAGACAACUUAUUGAUAGAUUACUCUACUCAAAAUCAAAGAUAAAAUGUCGUCCUUUCAUGGAGAUUGAUCAGAUGGUGUACAGAAACGAAUUAACAAACGCGAAUGUUUUUAUGAAACUAGGAGAAAAAAUACCUCAGGAGCAUUUGAGUGGUGACAUUGGAAGGAAGAUCCGUGAUGAGCUUAGAGAACUGCCUGAUGUUUGUGAAUCACUCGAUAGCCUAGAUGUUGCUAUAAGCUUUCUGAAGACAACUGGCGGUGACCCAACCGCCAAGCUGAGUUUGUUCAUGAAAGCAACUCUACGAAUGGAAAAUGCAGUUCGUAGUCAAAAGGCUCGACAAUGCUGUGAGCUUCGACAUGCCAAGUGGCUCUGGCUGUUUCUGUCCUUUUAUAAGUCAACGCGGAUCGUGGAUAACAGACAAUCAAUCGAGGACGUGUUUGAGACGCUGCCACAGGAGUUUUUCGAAGAUAUUCCGAUAGAUGUGAAAUUGACCUACGAAGAAUAUUUGAAAAAGCUCAGUAUCGAAGUGCUGUAUACUUUAUUAGAGAUACUACAUGAAUUCAUGUUGCUUGUUGUUGGAAUUCGCCAGAAUCCUGAUGAUGAGGAUUUCACCGAUACAUCGCAUUACCCUUUAUUUAUAUAUCUGGCUGAGUACAUAACCUCAGAGGACUCACCGGUGCUUGACGCAGUAGUUUUAAAUGGAAGCCCACGUGGGAUAUGUUAUCAACAUAGUGCAAAGGCUUGGUUGAUGGCCUAUCAGACGCUUUGCGUCAAAAUAAAAAAUCGCAGCGCAUAAACGUGCUGAAGUGCUCGAUAGUUUUGUGUAGUAAAGCUAAAAUCAUGUCUUUGAGAAACUUCAAUGUGUGUGUGUACUUAUGUAUUGCCGCUCUAUAUUUGUUGGGUUAUGUUUCAUGAAUGCAGAGUUAUUGACCUUAAAUUGAUUGAAUUAUUACUUUAUAUGUUUGAAAAUAUUAUAAAGAAAUUAUUUUGCAAUAACACUGUUAUAAAACAACAUUGGAUAUGUAGUGCUUAGCGUUUUUCAGUUUGUUUACAUGUGUUUACAUUUCUCAUUGUGUAAGUCAUUUAUUUUCGUGGAGACCUUUCUUAUUAAUCUGCUUAUUAAGUCAAAUUUCUUCAUAAAGUAUUUAAUGUAAUACAUAGGAGAAAUUAUGUGUGUGUUUAUGUAUUGUAUUGUUUUGGCGUUAAAUACUGGUACUGUUUUUUUAAAGGUUUACACAAGUUUUGCUAUUUAAUUGAGAUGUUUGUAUACGUAUGUAUUUUGUACAAAAAGAUUCCGAGCGUUUAUUUAGACAUGUAUCAUACCCUCGAUAGAAUUAGUGAUCCCGAUUUGAUUUUUUUAUUUUUCAGUUUUUAAUCUGAUAAUCGAUAACGGAUUGAAGACAUAAACAGAUUAAUAUAAUAAGAUUGUAUAUAUUUUAUGUAGACUUUGAUUUAUAUAAAACGGAUAAAAUUUGCAUUCAAAUAGUGUAUGAGACUUGUCGAAAGUAAUGUCUUUGUUGAACGUUAAACUAUGGACUAGUGUAUUAUUGCAUUUGUUAAUGUGGCGUUCUUCAUGCGCCACGUGUAUAGUAUUUUGUAUAAUUGGUUAAAUCGUUAAAUGGAAAACGGGGAUUGUUAAUGGUCGUGUUUGUAAACAAAUUGGAAUGGUCUGUCUUGUGAAGUUUUCUGAUUAACCUAUGUUUAAUGUUAAUGUGAUGCAGAGUUUUUAACUGUUCUCAUGAAUUUUACCAACUGCUGCAAAAGUGCCAAUCUUGAUUAGUGUAUAUGUUCGGAACAUAAGUGUACAUGUGUUUGUAUUAACUGUUUUUGGAAUUCAUAUUUCGACUAGAUGGCAUUUUACAUCUUAUUUGUAGAUAGAAAAUAAGUUUGUAACGGCAGAUAAAAUGCGCAAAAUCAGAUUGAUUCUUAAGUACAUGUAAAUCAGUUUCAUCGAUUUGUAUCACACAUACUAUACAGACGAAUAGACAAAAUAAUACACUUUAUGUGAUUUAUUUGAUGUAAACAUAUUUUCAAAUAUGGGGAUAUCUUGCACUGUGUAAUAACUGUAUAUAUAAUUUGUUCAUUGUUCAUUGAUUCUAAAUAAGUAAAAGUCUGAAGUCUGUCAUACACGUAUGAUUAUUUUUUAUUCAGAUAAAGUUAACUUUACAACAUAUUUGGUUACAUUAUAAUGAAUAAAAGAUAGUAAGAAUGAUGUAAAGUGUACGUUUGUAAAAUAACUAUAAAUGCAAGCGUAAAAACUGUUUUUGGAAUUCAAAUUCCUACUAAAUGGUAACGCUAUAUUAUCUUAUUUGAAAAAAGGACAUAAUUUUGCAAGGGCGGAUUACAUAUGCAAAAGCAAACUGAUUUUUCUGCAUUUCUAAUCGUUACGAUGUGCAAAAACAAAUAAUUCACAGAGGAAUUCAGAUGUAAAUGUACUGUAAAUACAUGUUUCGUGUUUAAUGCUGUAUAUUUGAUCCGUUUCUAGGGAUCUUGUAAAUAAGUAUUAUCGCCGUAACUGUACAAAGUGUCAAGUGCCUAACAUGGGGAUUUUCCGACGUUGAUGAAGAAAAUUGGUCCGUAAAAAUAAUUGACUACUGAAUAAUUUUUACAAAGCAGUACUUACAUAUUGUAAUAUUAUUACGGAUGUGGCAUGCCCUUCAUCGUUUGUAAUAAUUGAUUCUGAAUAUAUUACACGAAACAUUUAACCCGGCCUUCAUGACCUUUCCAUGAAAAAAUCCGUUGCUGAUUAUAAAUUUAGAUAAUACAUAGCAUGCAUUAUUGUUACGAAUAUUAAAAUAAUGCAUGGUAAAUUCAUAAAUAUAACGGCGGCGAUUCGACGUAAACCGACAGCCUUAUGGUAAAUGCCACAAGCCAUAAAACAAUGCUGUUUAGUUCGAGACGCGAAUUUUGAUUUGUUUUUGUAAUAUUUUGUUCAUAAUACUAACUUACGUGUACAUUAAAAUCACUUUUUUUUCUGUAUAAUAAUGUUUACAUAACUGCAUAAAUAUUUAGCAGCAUAAAGUCUACCGUUUAUGCUCAGAUAUCAAUUGAAUCAUUGAGAUUGAUAGCUAAUGCGAAUGUGGAUUGUGUUACUUUGACUGCUUUUAUUAUACAGCAAUAUAUUGUAUAUUUGAUUUAUUAUACAUUAUAUAUAAGCAUUAACAAUGUUCAUUCAACAAGAGUUGUAUUGAUCUUUGUUUUUGUUUUAUAACACCUGAAACAUUUGGUAUACGAACCCCACAUUGAUCCACAUAUCUACAAAAGUGAGGGGUAAUUAUGUUGCCAAUUAAUAUAUGUAUGGCCUUGACGGAAGCUACUGUUUUAAUUUAUUAUCUCGUUUUUCUUUGUUUUCUUUACGGAAAAUUUCGAAUGAUGGUUGAAAAGUAAUGAGGGCCAUAUUAAUUAUGUAUUAAAACACAUGAAUGCGUUUUUAUGAAUAUAAGUUGUAAUUUGUUGAUUGAUAAGUUACAUAAAAUAUUGUCUUGAAUGAAUUUUUUUGUUAGUUUUUGUAAAUUUGCUUACGUAGUAUAUAGUGUUGCGCUUGUUCGAUUAACGCUUCUAUGAUAACAACAUGUUGGCAUACAAUUUUUAUGCAAAUGUUAAACAAUGUUGUAUAAAUAUUUUAUUGCUAUAGUUUCGUUUGUAAAAAAAUAUAUUGUGUUUGGUAUGUAUAAACUUAUAUUGAUAUCGUUUUCAUUUAACAAGGACUGAACAUGAACUAUGACUAUGUAUGUUCUGAUUGCAGACCAAACAGUCACAAGAGCAUUCGAUUUAUAUUUGUAAACCAAUGCACUAUUUAAAUCCAAUAUGUACUGCCUUUUAAUUUGUUCGUAUAAAAAGACAUAUAGAAGGAACAAUUGAUUAACUAUUUAAAUAUGUAUAUAGUAAAAUAAAAUACUUUAUUUAUACUCCUCUGGAAAAACAUACAUUAACUGAGUAUGGCUUAACAAGCAAACCCGGAAAUAUAAAUACCAAGUGCGGUGCAUGAAAACAGCGUCUAUUUAAUAUACAAUUACUAAAUUAAUAAAUGUGCUUUAACCGCAAAUAUUACAUAAUUAAUGUUUUCUCAUUCGUGUAGUACAUUUAGACACAUGAUUAUUUUUUUAUGAUUGCAUUAUUAAUGUGAUUUUGUUUUCUAAUGUUACUAUUAAGAAAAUAAUUAUUUUCAUGCUGUGUUACAACCCGUUUUGUAAUAAAACCCCGAAUUGUAAUAAUCAUUUCAAUGUUGGUUGCGAUGCAUUAUUACAUUUCGUUUUGACAGUAACAACCCGUUUUGUAAUAAAACCCGAAAUGUAAUAAAUUUUAUCAUGUCCAUUAAAUCAGAGAUACAGACUUUUUUUAGAAGUUAUUUUCAUGUUUAAAUUAGUUUUAGAGUAGGUAUUCACUGUUCCCCCGACCUUUGUUCUUAUAGACUCCAUCAACAAAUCAUGAAUGUACAUUGUAAUAAUUUAUAACAAAGUGGGUUGCGAUGCAUUAUUACAUUUCGGGUUGGGUUGACAGUAACAACCCGUUUUGUAAUAAAACCCCGAAAUGUAAUAAAUUUUAUCAUGUCCAUUAAAUCAGAGAUACAGACUUUUUUAGAAGUUAUUUUCAUGUUAAAAUUAGUUUUAGAGUAGGUAUUGACUGUUCCCCCGACCUUUGUUCUUAUAGACUCCAUCAACAAAUCAUGAAUGUAAUAAUUUAUUACAAAGUGGGUUGCGAUGCAUUAUUACAUUUCGGGUUGACAGUAACAACCCGUUUUGUAAUAAAAACCCGAAAUGUAAUAAAUGUAAUUAAGUAAGAAAAAGUCCUAUAUACAGUCAUUUUUAUUUUGAGUGUGACAUUUAUUUCACUGACGCUAACUGUUAAGACAUUGUGUGGAUUCCGCCAAUGCAAAAAUAGCUAAUGAUUCACCGAUAACGUCUAAUAUUGUUGGAUUAUGCAUAAUUUUGUGUGUGAUUUUAAGUCAGAAUUUAGACAAAUGAAAUAUAAUGAGAGCAGUUCUGUUCAGUUUAAUGUAAACUGUACCUUUAAACAACUAUCGAUAUAAUUAUAUUAAACAUUUUAAUUUAAUAAUGCAAUGUGUUGUACGUUUGUGGAGUUAUAUAGUUUUUUUAUGAAUAUGCAUAUUGUGCAUUCAAUUUGCAUAAACAGAAAGUGCAUAUAUAAAGAGUAUUUAUAUAAUCACUUUUUAUAAUGAAUAUUUUUUCAAUUCAUGUUGGUUUUUAUUUUGCUUUAAUAAGUAUUGUUUAACUCAUUCCUUAAAAUGUGUAAUUCUUAUAAUUGUGUCGGUCCUGAUAAAAUAAAUGUAAAUGACUGUUUUUGUAAAAAAAAAUAAUUAAAUUAUGUGCCGAGUGCAUGAGAUUUGAUGUAAUUAUUAAUAUUGUGUUCCACCAUUAAUAUCCUAAUCAUGUAUCUUAUGUACAGUGCAACGAGUUAUACUUAUGAUAAAUAUUCCACUUCAUAGGGUGAAAUUACGCACAUAUUGAACUUUUGUUUCCAACAAUAUUUGGGAUUGUAUUACACAGGAAAUAUUUAAAUAGACCAUAAAAAAUCAUAUUAUUAUGUGUGUUAACAUACAAAAUUGAUGUGCCUGUGAUUUUAUGUAAUAAUAAUACUCUGACCUAUUAUCAUAAAUAUCAUGUGUAGUUCAAACGGUAAUACUUAUGAUAAAUAUGCCACUUGAAAGAGUGAAAUAACGUUAUUAUUUCACGUCUGUUUCCAAUGAUAGUUUAGCCUUUGUGACAGAGACAAUGAUAAGCUUGAAAUAUAUUGAUACUAAUAAUAUGUAUUUAUCAUGCUAUUCUGUGUUUAUGCAACGAUUAUUUUUGCGGAAAAUGCGGAUAAGUUCUUUUCACACUUUUAUUCCAAAAUAAUUGUGAAUAUACAUCGCUCUUAAAUGUAGGUUUAGUGUAUGUAUCCUUUAAAACAGUAUUUGUUAACUAGAUCAUUUUCAAUAAGGUUAAUAUGUUUAAACAAAUUAGUACAUGUAUACAUGCAACAGAUAAUACUGUUCUGAUACAAUAUUGUAUUUUGCUCAUUAUUCUUAUUAAUUAUUAUUUUGAAUUAAUUUCUGCCAAGAAAAAUAUAGUUUUGCUUUAUUUGCAUGUUUUGUUAUGUUUCUGAUUAAGCAGCUCUAUGUAUGAAGUAUGGGUUAAUGCGGAUUAAAUUGUGCCAUGAAAAUGAAAACACGGGUUUCAGAUAAACGUUUUGAUCCCUGUCUUUUUUUUAAAUCAUGAUUUAUAAAUUUUAAAGGGAUAUUGUAAGUGGGGUAGGCUUAACUGGAAUUGUUUUAGAUAGUUUAAGCGAUCUUGGCGGAGUUUUUUUAAUCUGUUUAUGAUUUCUAGUUGACGAAUUUUACAUACCAUUUGUUGCAUUUUGAGUUUGAUAAAAUUGCAAUUGCAACCUUUACAUACAUAUAGCAAUUUUUGCGUGUAAUGUAUACUAAUUAUUCAGUUUCAUUUAUUUUAUUUUAGAUUUGUACUUUUGGUGUGUGUUUGUCAUAUGUAGUUAAGCAUCCGAAAAUGCAUAACUACCUACUUGAAGUGUAUAAUGAAUGUCUGCUAUUUAAUGUGUUUGUGAAUGUAGUUAUACUAACUGAUUUUACCAACAACAGUCACCCGUUCUUUUUUGGUAGCGAUUCCUUUAUGUAAUAAAUGCAAACGAGCCAAUAACUUAAGGGGCAGUCUUAUAAGCAGUCUUAUAAAUUAACUCAUAUUGGCUAGUUUAUUGCUGGUAUUCAGGUUAGAAAAUGUUUAAUUUACCUUUUAAAAUCAAGAUGUUUUAAUCUAAAUAUAUUUUCAUCAACCUAUUUGUUGUUUAGUUUUUAUAUAAUUUAACAAAAGAGCACGCUUUCAUAAGUUAUAGUAAGUCGCGGUGCCUUGAGGUAAUCGUGUAUAAAAGAAAUUUCGCUGCAAGUUAUUUUUGCAACAGUAAGACAUUUGACAUUGUUACACACUAUUAACUAUCUAACGAUGCUUUUUUAUGGAAGCAAUUCAUGUUUACCGACUUUUGGAUUUGUCUCUGUCCUGACACAUUCGUGGGAUGACCCGUGUCUGUUACGCAUCUAUGUCAAAUAAAGUAACAUAUUAACAUACCUGUUUCUGGACAUCUUAUAUUGGAAGUAGGGUAUGUAUCAUAUUACAGAAACCGCCUGCAUUAUCCGCAUCCUGAGAUUUCAAAACAAAUUAAUUAGGUUUUGUUUGCUUGACAACGUGUUCUAACAUGAUUUGGCACUCUAAAUACACAUUGAAGUAAGAUGAUUGAGUGAAUACUAACACGACCGAUAUUAGAAUUUUACUCAAAAUAAACAAGUUUUGAAAUUAUACAUUUUAUGUUUUGAUGAAUAUUAUGUCGACAAAUCAGGAAUGCAUUUAGAAUUUUAAACAUGAUAUGUUAAGUUAACAUACGUUUUAGCUUUUGCCAUGUUUUUGGAUCAUAUUUAAACCUGCGUUUCUUAGGUGCAGAGUUGGGAAAACGAAUUUAAUAUUAAGUCAAAACGACACAUGAGGCAGUGAGUAUACACCAAUAUAGACAACGUAACAUUUAGUGUACUUAGUUCUUGUUCUAAGAAUAAACUUUAUAACACUAUAUAAUAUGUUGCAACACCAUGUAAUGGAAGACAAAUAAAUAUCCCCCAUACCAAUUA